AUGCCAGGUCCGUAAGCAAACUAACGCGUUAUAACCUGAGGAACGGUAAGGAGUUAAACUAACGGUUACAAGCUGUGUGACUAUACCAGCUAUUUCACACUAACAAAUUAGUUGAUCCGUUAAUUCGCUACUUCUACUUUCCUGGCUAGCUACAGAAUUCGAUCUAGCAAUACUUACAAUUAACAUACUUGUUCCAACAUACUUUCCCCAACUUUCCAAUGCCAGUGUUUUUCGCUCCACUCAUAAGCACACUUCAUCACCUUCUCAACCCGGUCUCCGUGGUCAGGCUUCACACCUAUCUCUUCGUUAUCGUUCAGGGGACGCGCUGCUUACUAGCUUCUUCUAAAUUUCCCGGGCUGUGGGCAGUUCUUCUUCUUUGGUAUCAUGGCGUUCACACAUUUUGUUUGUGCAUGCCGCCAUCUACUGUGCGGUAGUGUGUGUUCAAUCACGUUACAUUUGUGAUACAAAAAUAAAAGGGGGGGGGGAUAAAAUAACAAAUCACCACCAAAUCAAAUCAAAUCAAAUUUGAUUGGCCAGAUGCGCCGAAUACAACAGGUGCAGACAUUACAGUGAAAUGCUUACUUACAGCCCUUAACCAACAGUGCAUUUAUUUUUAAUAAAAAAGUAAAAUAAAACAACAACAAAAAAGCGUUGAGAAAAAAAGAGCAGAAGUAAAAUAAAAUAACAGUAGCGAGGCUAUAUAUCAAAUCAAAUCAAAUCAAUUUAUUUAUUUAUUUUUAUUUCACCUUUAUUUAACCAGGUAAACCAGUUGAGAACAAGUUCUCAUUUACAACUGCGACCUGGCCAAGAUAAAGCAAAGCAGUGCGAUAAAAACAACAACACAGAGUUACAUUACAGUGAAAUGCUUACUUACAGCCCUUAACCAACAGUGCAUCCCUGUCCUAAUAUUCCUGUUCUUGUUUCAUGAUUCCUCCUACGUCCGCCUGCAUACAUGUCUCUCGCGCCUUCUUUCCUCUCCGAUCAAUUAAUCCGGUUGGCUAACAACAAAUCUAAAUCCGGUCCCAGAUCUUACCAUCUGACAGCUUUCUUGUCCAGAUUUUUUUGGAAAAAAUAGAGAGAUGGCGCUGUUGUGCCGUGGGAAACGUUAGGCUACUAAAGUAACUAUAAUACAGUAAGUAAAGUAAGUUAAAUUACAAAAUACAGUAAGUUCAAUUACAAAAUACAGUACAUUUAAUUACAAAAUACAGUAAGUUCAAUUACAAAAUACAGUAAAGUUAAGUAAGGUAAAGUUACUACAGUAUAAGCCCUACUCCUUGUAAUGUUAUGUGUGUAAAUGACCUUUAUCACUCUUUACUCAGGUACAAGCGUGAUACCCUCAUGGAUCUGGACAGCAUUGGUGAGUAAGUUCUACGUUAGAGCUCAGAGUGUGCCUUCUUCAUUCUUUGGUAAUCAUGGCAGUUCACACAUUUUGUGCAUGCCGCCAUCUCUGUGCGUAGUGUGUGUUCAACAGUUAUUUUUAAAAUAAGGGGGGUAAAUAAAACACCACAAAUCAAAUCAAAUCAAUUGAUUGCCGACGCCAUACACAUGAGACAUUACAUGAAUGCUCUUAAGCCCUUACCACAUGCAUUUAUUUUAAUAAAAAUAAAAAAAACACACAAAAAGCGUGAGAAAAAGAAAGUAAAAAAAUAACAGUAGGGAGGCUAUAUUCAGGGGGGUACCGGUGCAGAGUCAAUGUGCGGGGCACCGGCUAGUCGAGGUAGUUGAAGUAAUAUCACUAACUGUAAGUCGCUCUGGAUAAGAGCGUCUGCUAAAUGACUAAAAUGUAAAUGUAAUGUAAAUGUAAUAUGUACAUGUGGGUAGAGUUAAAGUGACUAUGCAUAAAUAAUUAACAGAGUAGCAGCAGCGUAAAAAGAUGGGGUGGGGGGGCAGUGCAAAUAGUCCGGGUAGCCAUGAUUAGCUGUUCAGGAGUCUUAUGGCUUGGGGGUAGAAGCUGUUGAGAAGUCUUUUGGACCUAGACUUGGCACUCCGGUACCGCUUGCCGUGCGGUAGCAGAGAGAACAGUCUAUGACUAGGGUGGCUGGAGUCUUUGACAAUUUUGAGGGCCUUCCUCUGACACCGCCUGGUAUAGAGGUCCUGGAUGGCAGGAAGCUUGGCCCCAGUGAUGUACUGGGCCGUACGCACUACCCUCUGUAGUGCCUUGCGGUCGGAGGCCAAGCAGUUGCCAUACCAGGCGGUGAUGCAACCAGUCAGGAUGCUCUCGAUGGUGCAGCUGUAGAAUUUGUUGAGGAUCUGAGGACCCAUGUCGAAUCUUUUCAGUCUCCUGAGGGGGAAUAGGAGACCACCACCCAACCCUACACCUAUAUACCAAUAUUUCAUAAAAAUAAAAAUCUCAAAUCAUCUUAUAACUCUUCUGCAGUAAAAUCUCAUCCACCCAGGUACUUCUCGGCAGCUUCCACCUAUACUCAUUAAAAACCCAUUACUACGGCCUGGGAGGACGGGACACCACCCCACAACACACCCUGUAAAUCUUCUGAAGUCAAAUCUCGCAUACCCAAAUACUUCUCUGCAGCUGCCACCACAACAUCUAUUUUCUGUGAUUUACGUUCCAUUUCUGCGGUACAGUUGAUAACCAUUGCUAUGAAAGCUAAUAAGCCAACCUUACUGAAACAUAAAUAACUUGUUGGCCUAUCCCUCUGUGCUGGCACACAUGUACUACUCACUGGGAUCCUCUCAGGAUCCCUCACUCUAUCUCCCUCUACUUUCUUCACUGCCUCGGCAUGAGACACCUUCUGCACUACUCUGACUCUGGCCACCUCAACCUGCCUCUUUCACCCCAGCAACAUGGGCAUCCCUACAGUUGACGCACACAACUUUAUCCACCGAAACUACACAAUCCUUUGUCCUAUGUCCUCAUGCACACUUCCCACAUCUUCGAAUCUCCCUCCUACACUCUGCUGUGACAUGACCAUAAGCGUUGCACCUGAAACAGCGCAAUGGAUUUGGCACAAAAACUCGAACAAGAUAACUGAUAUAUCCUAACAUGACUUUGUCGGGUAAAGACACUGACUCAAAACUCAGAAGGACUGACAGUGACUCCUCUGUUUCACCAAGCUCCCCACCGGGUCUGUGUCGCACCAAACGGUUGGCGUAACAAACACCAGGAAUCUUCAACUUCAAUUGCUCCAACUCCACACUUAACGCUACCCCAGAAAUCAUUCCUUUCAAUGGUGCCCUGUUCCUAAGAGCAAAGCAAGAUCAGAUCUUGACCCAAGUUACGUGACACGGAGCACCUGCACCCUCUGGUCAGAAGAAACACAAACAAAUAUCACAAGUCCACUACAGGUUACCUUCACUGAUUCAACUGCAGCCAACUGCUUUCUCACCCACCCUGAAACCACAAAUGGAUCCACUUUCUCCAAAAAAUGUCACUUCUAUUUAACCAGAUUCUUGUUUAUCAUGUCCAACAAUGCCAAGCUCGGGUUCCAAGCUCUUCACCACACCUUCCACUUCUCUUAUCUCUUAACAUUCACUUCCAUUUCCCCUCCAGAACUCGGUCUGGUGCAUGGCUCUCUUCAACGCCCCAUCUCCAUUUGCAUCGCCACCUUCCUCAGAUUCAAAUCCAACCUCUGCUUUCCUCAUUCUCUUCCACCUCUUCUUCCUCUCUUCCACCUCUCUUCCACCUCUCUUCCACCUCUUCUUCCUCUCUUCCACCUCUUCUUCCUCUCUUCCACCUCUUCUUCCUCUCUUCCACCUCUUCUUCCUCUCUUCCUCUCUUCCACCUCUUCUUCCCCUCUUCUUCCUCUCUUCCACCUUUUCUUCCUCUCUUUCCACCUCCAUUCCUCCUCAGAAAUCAAAGUUUCUGUAUCCCUGUCCUAAUAUUCCUGUUCUUGUUUCAUGAUUCCUCCUACGUCCGCCUGCAUACAUGUCUCUCGCGCCUUCUUUCCUCUCCGAUCAAUUAAUCCGGUUGGCUAACAACAAAUCUAAAUCCGGUCCCAGAUCUUACCAUCUGACAGCUUUCUUGUCCAGAUUUUUUUGGAAAAAAUAGAGAGAUGGCGCUGUUGUGCCGUGGGAAACGUUAGGCUACUAAAGUAACUAUAAUACAGUAAGUAAAGUAAGUUAAAUUACAAAAUACAGUAAGUUCAAUUACAAAAUACAGUACGUUUAAUUACAAAAUACAGUAAGUUCAAUUACAAAAUACAGUAAAGUUAAGUAAGGUAAAGUUACUACAGUAUAAGCCCUACUCCUUGUAAUGUUAUGUGUGUAAAUGACCUUUAUCACUCUUUACUCAGGUACAAGCGUGAUACCCUCAUGGAUCUGGACAGCAUUGGUGAGUAAGUUCUACGUUAGAGCUCAGAGGGUCACAUUCAGUAAAGGACUCUAUUCUAUUCUGUUUUAUCUCUUGUUGUGCAUUGUGUGCCCUACCCAUGUAUUACGAUAUCUACAUAUAUGGCCUUGUCCCAAGCUAUGUCUAGUUCUGUGGUCCAUGCUCUAUGUUCUAACUCUAGUGUUCUAGUUCUAUAUUAUGUGUUCUACCUCAGUAUUCUGUGUGUUACCUGUGUUCCAAACCUCCUUUUGUGUGUGUUCUUUUCAGAAGGGUUGAAUGAAGUGCGUCCUGCUGUGUACCGCACUGCAAUGAAGCUCCGCUCCUUACAGAAACUCUGCCAUAGUGAGUGUGUGUGUUUAAAUUAAAUGCUUUUUAGAUAUGUGUAAUCUGUUACAGUGUAUGUUUGUAAUGCUCUGAAUGUGUGUUACAGUGCAUGUUGUGACACUGCGGGAGCUCAUCCCAGCCCUGCGCUCUCUGGGAGGAGCCGGGGACCCUAGGGCGGGGCUUAGUGAACAGGAAGUGAUGCAGGGCAUAAACAGGAUGUUCCAAAGCGUGUCACAGGAAGUACCUGGUCAGGUGUCAGCAGAGGCGCCAGAACAGACUUGCAGACUGCUGUACAGACUGUAUGACCGGUGAGGACACACACACAAACACACACACACUACUGUUCAAACACACACUGCGUCUGUAAACUAAAGGGUGUAUGUCUUCCCCAGGGGACAGACUGGCACUGUCUGUCGCAGGUCAGUUGAAGCUGCUCUCAUCUCUCUCUCAGCAGACACACUCUCAGCCAAACACAAGGGUAAGUAACACACACACACACACACACACAACACACACACACACACACACACACGACAUACACUCUGUGUUCAUUCCCUGUGUGUGUUGCAGCUCUGGUUCGUCUGGCAGAGAGGUGCAGUGGGAGAGAGAGUGGCACGGUGAGCAGGAGUGGUCUCAGAGUCCUACUGCAAGACCUCAGCCAGGUUAGAGACACACACAGAGACACAGACACACACACCUGAGUACUACCUCACAAGAUUAUCACGGUCUAGCCUGUGUCUGUUUGUGUGUGUGUGUGUGUGUGUAGGUGCCGGCUGUAGUGCAGGAGAACCAUGUGUUUGGCUCAGCUGAGACAGCCGUUCGUUCCUGCUUCAGUGGGGUAAGUGUGUGUGUGAUUGUCAGUAGCAAAUGAGUAUCAUCCCCUGUCAAAAAGAAUGAUUUAUGACCUAUGACUUAAUGUGUACUGAUAAUGGUCAUGGGGUUAGGUCAUGGGGUUAGGGGGGGAUGGCCACGGGGUUAGGGGGGUUUGGUCAUGGGGUUAGGGGGGUUUGGUCAUGGGGUUAGGGGGUGACUAAAUAAUUUGUUUAAAUCACAGGAGAAGACAUUCUUUACCCAUGAGUUCACAACAGGAGGAGACAUUGUUUACCCAUGAGUUCACAACAGGAGGAGACAUUGUUUACCCAUGAGUUCACAACAGGAGGAGACAUUCUUUACCCAUGAGUUCACAACAGGAGGAGACAUUGUUUACCCUUGAGUUCACAACAGGAGGAGACAUUCUUUACCCAUGAGUUCACAACAGGAGGAGACAUUGUUUACCCAUGAGUUCACAACAGGAGGAGACAUUCUUUACCCAUGAGUUCACAACAGGAGUUUACAACACCACUCUCACACCCCUCCUUUUUUAAAUGUAUUUAUUUUUGACUAAAUGUUUCGAGUUUGACUCAUCUUUAGAUACGUUCCCUUGAUCACAGCAUCUGUGACUAAAUGAUCCAUCCUGUUGACAGGUGAACAAGGUUAGGGUUAGGAGAACAGGGUCAGGAGAACCGGGUCAGGGUUAGGAGAAUAGGGUCAGGAGAACAGGGUUAGGGUUAGGAGAACAGGGUCAGGAGAACCGGGUCAGGGUUAGGAGAAUAGUGUUAGGGUUAGGACAAUAGGGUUAGGAGAAUAGGGUUAGGGUUAGGACAAUAGGGUUAGGAGAAUACAUUAUUAUUUUCUUUCUUCAUUCUUUUUGAUAGGGUAUAGUCCUCAUUUACUACUGUAAUCACAUGUAGAUGAUGAGCGUUUAUGUAAAUAAUCAGCAGUUGUGCAUAGAUGCUGAAGGCGUGUACAUUUAAUUGGUGUGUGUGUGUGUGUGUGUGUGUGUGUGUGUGUGUGUGUGUGUGUAGGUGCUGAGUGCAUGUGUCUGUGAGGAGCAUGUCCUCUCAUGGCUGCAGUGUGAGCCCUGUCUGUUGCUUUGGCUCCCCAUCCUGUACCGCCUGUCAGUCAGCGAGAACGUCACACACUCCGUACGCUGCCACACCUGCAAGGCCUACCCCAUCACUGGACUCAGGUGUGUGUCUGUUUGUGUGCGCCAUUUGUAGGUAUUUUGCUGCAUGAUGUGUGAGUGUCUGUGUGGUGUGUGUCUGUGUAAUGUGUAUGUGUGUUUAUGUGUAUAUCUCAGACUCUCUGUGUUUGUUGUAGGUAUCACUGCGUGAUGUGUGUGACUGUGUCUGUGUAUUGAUGUGUGUGCCUGGCCUUGCUGCUAUUCCAGUUUCAACUGUUCUGCCUGCGGUUACGAAACCCCUACCUGUCCCAGACCUGCUGUUUUCAACUCUUAAUGAUCGGCUAUGAAAAGCCAACUGAGAGACCUGAGCCCUAGGACCAUACGUCGGGACUACCGGCCGUGGUGACUCCUUGCUGUCCCCAGUCCGCCUGGCCUUGCUGCUAUUCCAGUUUCAACUGUUCUGCCUGCGGUUAUGGAACCCCUACCUGUCCCAGACCUGCUGUUUUCAACUCUUAAUGAUCGGCUAUGAAAAGCCAACUGAGAUUUAUUCCUGAUUAUUAUUUGACCAUGCUUGUCACUUAUGAACAUUUUUGAACAUCUUGGCAUGGUUCUGUUAUAAUCUCCACCCGGCACAGCCAGAAGAGGACUGGCCACCCCUCAUAGCCUGGUUCCUCUCUAGGUUUCUUCCUAGGUUUUGGCCUUUAUAGGGAGUUUUUCCUAGCCACCGUGCUUCUACACCUGCAUUACUAGCUGUUUGGGGUUUUAGGCUGGGUUUCUGUACAGCACUUCGAGAUAUUAGCUGAUGUAAGAAGGGCUAUAUAAAAUAAAAUUGAUUGAUUGAUUGAUUGUGUGUGUCUCAGACUCUCUCUCUCUCUGUGUUGUAGGUAUCGCUGUAUGAAGUGUGUCUCAGACUCUCUCUCUCUCUCUCUCUCUCUGUGUUGUAGGUAUCGCUGUAUGAAGUGUGUCUCAGACUCUCUCUCUCUCUGUGUUGUAGGUAUCGCUGUAUGAAGUGUGUCUCAGACUCUCUCUCUCUCUCUCUGUGUUGUAGGUAUCGCUGUAUGAAGUGUCUCAGACUCUCUCUCUCUCUCUCUGUGUUGUAGGUAUCGCUGUAUGAAGUGUGUCUCAGACUCUCUCUCUCUCUCUCUCUCUCUCUCUCUCUGUGUUGUAGGUAUCGCUGUAUGAAGUGUGUCUCAGACUCUCUCUCUCUCUGUAUUGUAGGUAUCGCUGUAUGAAGUGUGUCUCAGACUCUCUCUCUCUCUGUGUUGUAGGUAUCGCUGUAUGAAGUGUGUCUCAGACUCUCUCUCUCUGUGUUGUAGGUAUCGCUGUAUGAAGUGUGUCUCAGACUCUCUCUCUCUCUGUGUUGUAGGUAUCGCUGUAUGAAGUGUGUCAACAUUCAUCUGUGCCAAACCUGCUUCCUGACAGAGAGACACACAAAGAAACACAAGAGCUCCCACCCAGUGCUGGAGCACUGCACUCAGGUACAUGCACACACACACACACACACACACAUACACACAUACACACAUACACACACACACAUACACUCUUGUGACUGACAGUUGUGUUUCGUAUCCAGCCAUCCUGGAAAGAAUCCCUAGCCUCAUUAGCAUACAGCGCCCGCCACGCCUUGUUACCAUGGCGAUACACACACAGGGAGGCAGAGAGGAGAAGGGGCCUAAUCAGGGCGGAGUCACGAGGGGAGCCGCAGACCAGGUAGACCAAUCAGAGAUGGACCUGUGUGUACACCAGAAGAGAAGAAAAACGUUUGUUUUAGUUUUUAAAAAAGAGUAAUACAUGUUUUCAUUGUAUUUUCUUUGCUUACAGCUUCACCCCCCCUGACCCUUCACAUCAGUCUGCCGCUGAGGACACACCCCCUGACGACAGAGCCCCUCUCUAUAAUCCUCCCCAACCGCUGGCCACACCCCCAUCUGUCAGGAUCAGGAAGGCAUCUAAAGCCCUACAGACUGAGGAAGAGCAGGAGGAAGCACAGCCACAGGUGACCUUUCACCUCACCCCCCGCCCUUUACACCUCACCUCUCAGCCGAGUGGAUUUUCAGUAUGGUUCAGAUUUAUGCUAAAUUAAUCAUCAGAAGAUUAUUGAUACGCUCCACUAGAUCCUCUAUUGAUUCAUGUCUGUGUUGUUUCUGUCCCCAGAGGAGAGACUCUGUCCUCAUUAAGGACAUCAGGGACCUGCAGAGGGACAAAUGGUGAUCCUCAAUCACUGUAGCAUUCUAACCUCCUAACCUAUAGCCUGGGUGAUCCUCAAUCACUGUAGCAUUCUAACCUCCUAACCUAUAGCCUGGGUGAUCCUCAAUCACUGUAGCAUUCUAACCUCCUAACCUAUAGCCUGGGUGAUCCUCAAUCACUGUAGCAUUCUAACCUCCUAACCUAUAGCCUGGGUGAUGCUCAUUACACGUGUGUGUGUGUGUGUGUGUGUGUGUGUGUGUGUGUGUGUGUGUGUGUGUGUGUGUCUAGGCUGCUGGAGAGGGAGCUGCAGGUGUGGAGGGUAGCGGUCCAAUCGGAGCAGGGCUCGCUGGAGGACCGCUGCUGUGAGAUGGAGGCCAACAUGGAGACUCUGAGACAACACAACCUCAGACUGCAGGACAUGCUCUCACAGGUAGACACACACACACACACCUCAGACUGCAGGACAUGCUCUCACAGGUAGACACACACACACACACCUCAGACUGCAGGACAUGCUCUCACAGGUAGACACACACACCUCAGACUGCAGGACAUGCUCUCACAGAUAGACACACACACACACACACCUCAGACUACAGGCCUGACUCGAUGUGCUAAAAUGUCCUUCUUCCUUUCAACAGGCUCUAAGCAUGUCAGGGACACAUGCUGAUGUCAUGCCACAUGCUGAUGUCAUGCCGCAUGCUGAUGUCAUGCCACAUGCUGAUGUCAUGCCACAUGCUGAUGUCAUGCCACAUGCUGAUGUCAUGCCACAUGCUAACUACAGGCCAGAGAGAGACAUAGCCUCUCCCGUAGAGUCCCAGAGCUCUGCAUCGUCCUCUGGAUCGAGAGAAAGAGAGAGAGAAGGGGAGAAGGAGAGGGAAGAAGAGGAGGAGGAGAGGGAAGAGGAGAGGGAAGAGGAGGAAGAAUGUUACACAGAGAAGAUGCAGAGGGAUGAGAUGAAGACAGAAGAACAGAGAGGUGAUGAUGAUGAUGAGGAGCAGACUCAUACUCCCACAAUGCACGGGAGAAUUACCUCUAACCCACAGCCUUGUGAUGGGCAGGUCACUGGGCCGAUGAAAGACCAGCGUGUCUCUGAAGAGGAGUAUUCUGGGAUGUGUAGUUUAGUGGAGGAGGAGCGACUGUGUGAGCUGGUGCAACGACUAAUAAGUGAGCUGUCGCUACACACUCACACACAUACAGGUGAGUUUACGGGUGAGCUCUAUCGUCCUGCACAAACACUACUACACACGUGUGUGUGUGUGUGUGUGUGUGUAUUAAGGUAUGAGUAUGUUUCUCCAGGCUGCAGACGGGAGUUGGGGUUGUUGGAGGCUGCAGAGGAAGUGGGGGACUCUGUGUGUCAUCUCGUCUCUGCAGUGAACACACACUCUGUCCCAAACUCGCACACACAAUUCAUGUCCCCAUCCUCCCACACAACCACAGGCCAGAGCAUGUAUCCAGAAGGCUUCCCUAGACUUUGA